AUGCUUAUGGUUCAUAUGAGCGACUCGAGACUGUCGGCCAAUUUGAGCGCAAUCGACCCCGCAUCAGCAGCGGCUGCGGCUCCCACGGGAGAGCCCAUGCUCGGAUCUGUGGAAUUGGCAGACAAGAGCAGCGGCUCGAACUCGGUGGCCGAGCGAGAUAGGGACAGUUCGAUGGACCUCUCGCCGGGCAUCCAUCGUGGCCAGCCUGGUGCCGCACGAUCUACUGCUGAGCUCUCAUUCUUGGUGCAGAAAGGCAUACGAGGGGUGUUGUCACGCGGGGAUAGCGGAGUCAAUCGACCAGGAGGAACAGUGACUAAACAGUAUGGGGCUGCGGUUGCUACCCUUGGUGCCAAGAGCCAGACGCGGUUCCAGUCAAAAGCAAUUAUACCCACUUUUGAUUUCAGCACGUAUAAAGGGAAGACCUUUGCCAAGUUGCGGAGAGUGUUUGGUGUAACUGAUGCGGAACUGGUAUCUUCCUUGUGUGACUAUCCAUUGCGGACUCAAUCGGGCACGGGGGAUGCUGGGAAAUCUGGAAGUAUCUUCUGGUUCACCAGUGACUCUAAGUAUCUGUUGAAGUCGAUAUCGCGUAAGGAAUCUAUGCUUCUCCAGAACAUCGUGGGCGACUAUCUGAAACACUUCAUUAAGAAUUCCAACUCUAUUUUAUGUCGGUUUUUCGCACUGUUCAAAAUCAAACUUCAAGGUUUCAAGCGAAGCACGAGGUUCGUUGUGAUGAAUAACAUAUUUGGCGGGCUGUCGUGUCAGCGGAAAUAUGAUCUUAAAGGCACCACUGAGGACAGAUAUGUGGCGCAGAACUCUGAUUUGAUGACCUCUCAUGGCACAGACCAAGGCAGUCGAGCCCCACCGGGUACCAAUAGCGGUCAGGAGACACCACGGUCGCCGAAGGUUCUCAAGGACCUUAAUUUCUCAGGCCAGACUGUGAUGUUGCCAGAGGUCCUUUGUGCGGCUAUCAAGUCGGCCCUUGUUUGUGAUACUGAGUUCCUCAUGAAACACAGAAUAAUGGAUUACUCCCUUAUUCUUGGUAUUCAUGAAACUUGUGACGUCGCCGCUGUAAAAGCACUGGUGGACGCCGAUCAAGUUGCCGCGGCUAUUGUGGUCUCAUCAGCGCCUGCUACACCUUCUGGAGUGGAGCCUCGAAGUCGAUUGUUUGAGCUGUAUAAGGGUGGAGUGCCGGGAUGGGAUGAUGAUCGAGGUGUGUGUAUGGUGUACUACGUUGGUAUAAUUGAUAUCUUGCAACAGUACACUUUCAAGAAGCGAGCCGCUAGAUUGAUGAAGAAAUACACUAUCGGAUGCUUCCAUGAGAUUGACACUGAGCCGCCUGAAUAUUAUCGAAACCGUUUUGUAAAAUAUCUCGACGAAAAGUUCGUUCCACUAUCGGAUGCCGAUCUGUCAAAGAAACACGCGGAGGUUCCCGAAGUUCAAAGUUUUCUCAUGAGCCAGGCCAUACGGGAAAAUCAGAGCGAAGGAUGUCAACGAACUGUCAAGUAA